CGAGAGUUCGUGACGUCUUCCAGCGACACGUCAGCCAGACGGAACCAACCUGGCAACUGCACAUUGACAAUUCGAGGAACGAGAUUUUGGCGAAAUGGGGGGUUUCUUCUCCAGUCUCUUUUCUGGUCUGUUUGGCACCAGGGAGAUGAGGAUUUUAAUCCUGGGCUUGGACGGCGCAGGGAAAACCACCAUUCUGUACAGACUGCAGGUUGGAGAAGUGGUGACCACGAUUCCUACUAUUGGUUUCAAUGUUGAGACAGUCACAUACAAGAACCUGAAGUUCCAGGUGUGGGAUCUGGGAGGACAGACCAGCAUCAGACCCUACUGGCGGUGCUAUUACUCAAACACAGACGCUGUGAUCUAUGUGGUCGACAGCAGCGACCGUGACAGGAUGGGCAUCUCCAAGUCAGAGCUGGUGGCCAUGUUGGAGGAAGAAGAGCUAAAGAAAGCCAUCCUGGUGGUGUUCGCCAACAAACAGGACAUGGACCAGGCAAUGACACCGACUGAAGUGGCCAACGCUCUGGGCCUUCCAGCCCUCAAAGACAGGAAGUGGCAGAUCUUCAAGACCUCAGCCACCAAAGGAACAGGCCUGGAUGAGGCCAUGGAGUGGUUGGUGGAUGCCCUGAAAAGUCGGCAGUAAGAGGAGGAGUCCCAUCCUGUAUAUACUCCUAAACUUUGACCCCCUCGCUUUGAAGCCUUGUGAAUGACCCCUGCUCAUUCCCCUACUUUUCUUUGGACCAGUGAUUGCACUCCUCCUCCAGGCAUACACCCACAUAAAGCCUUGACCAAGUCCUCCCAACGCCUAACGCCUUUUAAGCCUGGGACUGAGAAGAGAAGGCUGCAGUAACAUCUGGAGUCAGCACAGAUAAUUUGAAAGUAAAUCCCUGUGUUACAUGACAACCUCAAGAAUCAACUCCUGUUAUUUGGACUUAAUGAGCUCCAAUGUCAGUGACAAGAAGAUCCACCAGGGGGAGAUAAAGCGGCACACAAUAAACAUGGCUUAUGUUUCUGGAGUCGGUCUUUUAGCCAAUGUUACUGCAGCCCGGGCUGUCUGCUUUGUUAUGGAUUUCUGUUUUUUUUUUCUUCCUACUGACUUGUUUCAAUUAUUCUAGUGGUUGGAAUCAUUUGAGUGCAGCUUCGGGAUGUUUAGUUCAUUAGUCAUUGAACACUAACUGUAUGCUCAAAGUUUUAUGGUUGCACAUUUAUACCUGCUUGUACAGUAAAAUUGAUUCUAAGUAGA